GCAAUGUUUCAAAUAUUACUCAACAACACCGGCUAAAAUCAAAAACAUUAUAAAAUUAGUUUUAAGGGAAUGCCAAGACGUAAAACGAUGAUAUUAAUACGCAAAUACCUUAUCAUAUUCUUUGGAGUUUUAUUAAUAUUUAUUUGGCUUAGUCAUAGAGAUAAAAAGGAUGAUCCUAAAAAUAGUUUCGAGUCUUUUCCACCCGUAUCAAAGGAGAUGACUCCGGGCUGGCUAAAGGCAGACUUUAUUGCAAGAGAAAAGCAACUGCGCGAAAUGGUCCAAAGAGGCAAAAUGGCAGCUCGAAUUGCCGCAGAUCAGCAGGAAACAAAAACGGAAUCACCCGAUGAUAAUGUAGCUGAGGAUGUAAUCAACAAUUUUGAAUUCGAGAAAAGUCCAAGCCAAGAGACAAAGCCAUCACGUUAUUUUGUAAAUAGUACGAAAUGCAAGAUGCCCUAUGCCGAUCCCUUCUCGCGGGAGGUAAUGGAGGUAUAUAAUCCAACCAAACUCAAGGUCUGCACGAAUACGUCGGAUCUCUUUUCUCUGAACUACGACCGUGAUACGGAUCAGUACAAUCUGCAUGUCAAUAGGGAGGUAAUGAGAAAACUGAAUCUCCGCGUAGCCAGGUAUCGGUGCAACUAUCGUGAGGUAACCCGGAGCGUCAAGGAAAAUCAGGAACGCAAUAGCCAGGUACAUCGGCCAGUCUACUUUGAUCAGCAAUGCACGCUGCCGCAACACGUACGCGGAAUUAUUGCCGAGUGUCAUGAUGCAAACAAUGCUUCAAGGAUUCUGCAACGGGAUGCAUUCGCCUUGGUCCGUGCAAACAAGAAGAGCGCACGAAUAGAAACCCAUCCACUGGAACGUCAGCCCAGCGUUAUAAUCCUCGGAUUGGACAGCAUGUCACGCAUGAACUUUCAGCGGACAAUGCCGGAGACGGCGAAAUUCGUAAGGCAAGAAGGCUGGUUUGAAAUGGAGGGCUAUAACAAGCUUGAGGACAGCACUUUACUUAACUUGAUGCCGGUGCUGACGGGUCACAAGUUGACAGAAUUAGGAAAUGUUUGUGAUCUGAACUCUGAAGGCUGUUUGGACCAGUUGCCUUUGAUUUGGAGAGAUUAUAAAAGCGCUGGCUAUGCAACAGCUCUAGGGGAAGAUACCAUAGAUGAAGGUUUAUUUGCAAUGGGUUUUCCUGGCUUCAUUAAGGAGCCAGUCGAUUAUUACCUACGCCCUUUUCUAAUAGGCAUUAGUCGCUCUAUGAACAUAUAUCAAAGGUUUGGGUAUCAAUACUGUAUUGGGCGUCGGCUGAGCAUCUCGUAUGUGAACGACUUUUGUUUACAGUUUACUUCACGUUUUGCGGAGGAACUGGACCAGCCAAUGUUUGGCUUUUUUUGGAGCUGUACAUUUACUCAUGACUUUUACUUUGCCGCCUCAAGCUUGGAUGGGAAAUUCGUGGAUUACCUGCAUCAAUUGAAGCAUCAUGAGCUGUUUGAGAAGUCCAUCGUUAUACUUAUGAGCGAUCAUGGUGCACGAUUUGGCGAUCUUUUAGAAUUGUCGGAUAAUUUUCUGGAAGAGCGUUUACCUAUGCUGCACAUAUACUUGCCACCCUGGUUCCGUAACACCUAUCCCAACUAUGCUGAGGCUUUGUAUAUGAAUCGCAAUCGCUUGAGUUCGAACUAUGAUCUGCAUAAUACGCUGAGGCAUAUUCUCCGACUUAACGCCUCGACUCGAGCGGAGCUACCCCCUCUGCCCAGUUGUCCCAGCAGCCAGUCACUGCUACAUCCUCUGCCAGAGGAGCGCAGCUGUGAGGACGCUUGCAUCGGCGAACAUUGGUGCACUUGCAACGAGUUCGUAAGGCAACCCCUAACCGGGGAUAUGUAUUUAAUUGGAAAGCAAAUUGUGUAUCAUAUCAAUCGCUGGAUGCUGGUACAUCAGCACAAUCAUUUAUGUCAGCGUAUUUUACUCCAGGAUAUGGAAUAUGCGGAAAAGAAGGUGCUGUUUGAGGAGAAUGGCAAAGAGACGAUGUAUGGAUCAAUUGUCACUUAUCGGUUGCGUUUCCGCACCUAUCCUGAAAUCGGCAAAUUUCAGACUACGAUUCGUUAUAAUCGCGAACUGAAGACCAUGGAUUAUUUACAUGUACCGGAUAUAAGUCGAUUGAAUAGUUACCGGAAACAUGCAGAAUGCAUUGACGAUAAAAUUGCGAAAAAGUUCUGCUUUUGCUAUCCGAAAGCAAAAUUAGAUGGUUUUAUGGACAACUGGAAAAAAAUGAAGCUAACGACUUUAGCGACACUUUAAAUUCGUUGGUUAUCUUAUUAAAUUUGCAUGUCUACUUUGUGGCAAAAUAAAAAUUAUUAUAU